GUGCGACCCUGUAAAAGCGCCGAAGCAUUAUCCCCGGGUUCGAAGGUUCCUGGGUGUUCUCCUUCGUGAUCUACGUUUAUGUCUGCCUACAUUCUGGGCCAUGGACACAACCUUUAGCAGUAAUAAUAUUAGUUUUUUAAUACCUACCUAGUAAAGCAAAUAAUCGUUUGGAAAAUAAGAAGUGGCUGGAUUGAUUGCAGACUCUGGUUGAGGCUUCUUGGCCAGUGAAUGCAUAGAGUGAAGAAGGUCAAACUUGGAGACAAAACAGAAGGUUACUGGAAAAGUUGUUUAGGAGGGGAUAUGACGGCGGUGGACGGGCUAACAGACAGCACAGAGGUGGUGGAGAUGGAGGACGGUCCAUCUCAGUUCUAUGUGGAGAAGCACUCGUGGGGCGGCCUGCGUGACAUCAUCCACAGCAGCAGGAAGUACUCAGGAAUGAUCGCCAACAAAGCGCCCCAUGACUUCCAGUUUGUGCAGAAAAACGAUGAGUCAGGCCCCCACUCCCAUCGACUGUACUACCUCGGAAUGCCUUAUGGAAGUAGAGAGAACUCACUGCUCUACUCGGAAAUCCCCAAGAAGAUCCGGAAAGAGGCCCUCUUGGUGUUGUCGUGGAAACAGAUGCUGGAUCACUUCCAGGCCACGCCGCACCAGGGGGCCUAUUCCCGGGAAGAGGAGCUCCUUAGGGAGCGGAAGCGCCUGGGAGCUUUUGGGAUCACUUCCUAUGACUACCACGCCCAGACCGGCCUGUUCCUCUUCCAGGCCAGCAACAGCCUCUUCUAUUGUCAGGACGGGGGAAACAAUGGCUUCAUCCAGUCUGCGCCCAUUAAGCCGGUGGAGAUUAAGACACAGUGCUCAGGGACCCGCAUGGACCCCAAGAUCUCCCCAGGACAGCCCAACUUCAUUGCUUUCAUCAACAACAACGACCUGUGGCUGGCUAACCUCAAGUCUGGGGAGGAGAGGAGACUCACCUUCUGUCAUAAAGGUCUGGAUAAUGUGAAGGAGGACCCCAAGUCUGCAGGCGUGGCCACGUUUGUGAUACAGGAGGAGUUUGACCGCUUCACUGGCUACUGGUGGAGUCCCUCUGCCGUAGAGGACUCAGAUGGGGGCAAAACUCUGUACCUGCUGUAUGAAGAGGUGGAUGAGACGGAGGUAGAGAUCAUUCAUGUUCCCUCUCCAGCCUUGGAGGAGCGGAAGGCCGACGCCUACAGAUACCCCCGCACAGGCAGUAAAAAUCCUCAAACCACCCUGAAACUGGUUGAGAUAAAGACUGACAUACAAGGAAAAAUCGUGAGCAUUCAAGACAAGGAGCUAGUUCUCCCCUUCACCACCCUGUUCCCUGGGACGGAGUACAUCUCCCGUGCAGGAUGGACGACUGAUGGCAAAUAUGGUUGGGCAGUGCUGCUGGACCGCAGUCAGAGGAGGCUCCAGCUGGUGCUGCUGCCCCCGGCCCUCUUCAUCCCCGUCACAGAUGACCUGGCCCAGAGGCAGAAGAACCUGGAGGCCGUGCCCCAUGACGUCCAGCCCUACAUCGUCUACGAGGAGACCACCGACAUCUGGAUCAAUGUUCAUGAUAUUUUCUAUCCAUUCGUUCAAACGUCAGAGGAUGAGUUCUCUUUCAUAUGGGUGAAUGAAUCCAAAACGGGCUUCAGCCAUCUGUACAAAAUCACAUCAGCAUUGCAUCCAGACCUCUACCAAUGGUCAGGAAGCUACAAAUACAUAGAAGGAGACUUUAAAUGUGCAAUCAAGGAGGAGGUGACUCUCACCAGUGGGGAGUGGGAGGUUUUGGCCAGGCAUGGCUCCAAGAUCUGGGUGAAUGAGGCCUCUAAGCUGGUGUACUUCCAGGGCACUAGAGACACUCCCCUGGAGCACCACCUCUAUGUGGUCAGCUAUCAGUCCCCAGGGGACGUGGUCAGACUCAGCAAGCCUGGCUUCUCCCACAGCUGCUCUGUAAGCAAGAACUUUGAUAUGUUUGUCAGCCACUACAGUAACGUGAGCACUCCCCCCUGUCUCCACGUCUACAAGCUGACUGGCCCCGAGGGAGACCCUCUCCACAUGGUGCCUGAGUUCUGGGCCAGCAUGAUGGAAGCCCCAGGUUGCCCAGGAGACUACAAAUCUCCGGAGAUCUUUGACUUCCCAGGAAAGUCAGGCUUCCAGCUCUAUGGAAUGGUGUACAAGCCUCACAACCUCCAGCCUGGCAGGAAGCAUCCCACAGUCCUCUUUGUCUACGGUGGCCCGCAGGUCCAGUUGGUGAAUAACACCUUCAAGGGGAUGAAGUACCUGCGUCUCAACACCCUGGCCUCUCUGGGAUACGCUGUGGUGGUCAUCGACGGGAGAGGCUCCUGUCAGAGAGGCCUGAAGUUUGAAGGGGCUCUGAAAAACAAAAUGGGCCAGGUGGAGAUUGAAGACCAGGUGGAGGGGCUGCAGUACGUGUCAGAGAGGUUCAACUUUGUGGACCUGAGUCGCGUGGCCAUCCACGGCUGGUCCUACGGAGGCUUCCUCUCCCUCAUGGGCAUCAUCCAGAGACCCAACGUCUUCAAGGUGGCCAUAGCGGGCGCUCCCGUGACGGUGUGGAUGGCGUACGACACGGGUUACACAGAGCGUUACAUGGAUACACCUGAUAACAACCAACAGGGCUACGAGGAGGGCUCCGUGGCGCUGCAUGUGGACAAGCUGCCCAGCGAGCCAAACCGCUUGCUGAUUUUACACGGAUUCCUUGAUGAGAAUGUUCACUUUUUCCACACCAACUUCCUGGUGUCACAAAUAAUCCGCGCUGGAAAGCCAUAUCAGCUACAGGUCUACCCCAAUGAGCGACACAGUAUUCGCUGCCCUGAGUCAGGAGAACACUAUGAGAUCAUGCUUCUGCACUUUCUACAACAAUACCUCUGAAAGUCACCCCCCUCUACCCCAUUCUGAAACCAACUGUAUACCUCCCCCGAAACCUCCUCAACCCAGGCAUAAAGACCUCUCUGUAGCCACACCCAACUACUUCCAACUUUACCAUGAACUGGUGAUCUCACUCAAUUAUACCUCCACCUGUCUCGGUUGCUUGCUAUCUCUCUCUCUCUCUCUGUUCUAUUCUUCCGUUCUCUCGUCCCUGCACCUAAGGAGAUCCAAGGCAGGGUUGUGAAGUUUCACCUCGGACCGUGGAGUGAAAGGGGAUAUACAUUAUCUGGAGGCUGUCUCAAUCUCUCUCCCUCUCCACCUCAGACCGUGGAGUGAAAGGGGAUAUACAUUAUCUGGAGGCUGUCUCAAUCUCUCUCCCUCUCCACCUCAGACCGUGGAGUGAAAGGGGAUAUACAUUAUCUGGAGGCUGUCUCAAUCUCUCCCUCUCUCCACCUCAGACCGUGGAGUGAAAGGGGAUAUACAUUAUCUGGAGGCUGUCUCAAUCUCUCCCUCUCUCCCCCUCUCCCUCUCUCCCUCGGACCGUGGAGUGAAAGGGGAUAUACAUUAUCUGGAGGCUGUCUCAAUCUCUCUCCCCCUCUCCCUCUCCACCUCAGACCGUGGAGUGAAAGGGGAUAUACAUUAUCUGGAGGCUGUCUCAAUCUCUCCCUCUCUCCCUCUCUCCCUCGGACCGUGGAGUGAAAGGGGAUAUACAUUAUCUGGAGGCUGUCUCAAUCUCUCCCUCUCUCCCCCUCUCCCUCUCUCCCUCGGACCGUGGAGUGAAAGGGGAUAUACAUUAUCUGGAGGCUGUCUCAAUCUCUCUCUAAUUGUCUUCCCUUUUUCUGGAUUGUUUUGCCAAAUGUUUUUCUUUUUCCUCCAUUUUAUUCACUCAAGUCAGUGGUAGGAUCGGGGUUCCUCAAACUAAAUGGAAUCUAUAUACACACACACACACACACACACACACACACACACACACGCAGCAUAUUGGAGUUGGUGUAAUGGCUAGAGGAAGAAACCCUGCCUUUACUUGCAUUCAUUAACUAUUUUAAGUGUGUAAUGUUAAAAGAAAAUAUUUUUAUGGAUUCUUAUUCUUUUAUAAUGAGUGUCAAAUGAAGUCGCUCAUUGACAUAAUACAGUCAUUUUCUCUCCUCACAUUGCAGUGCUCACGGUGUCGGCUUGCCUUCUGAAGACAUACCAUGUAUGCCAAAGUACUUCUUGACUUGAUCGUGCUGGUAUUUCCUUUUUUACGGCAAUUACGAUACGAGUACGAGCAGCCAAGUCUUAAACAGCUUUGUACCACCUGAAUAAAAUGUAUACGUGAUGAAGAAUAAAUACAUGUAUGAUGAAA